AUGGAGGUGGUGCUGAUGAUGCAUGUUUUGAGUUUGGCCCUUGAAGUCUGUGCCUUUGCUGCUUGUUCUUUAUGGAUUCAUGGAUCUGCUGUCCCUCUUCUUGGAGAAGGAACACAAAACUAUGUGUCCAAUUCAGUUAUGUUGAUCAGUAAAACACCAGCUCAAGUACCCCAAUCGGACGGUCUAUAUUUUCAGCCGCCAAACCCAAUGCCUUCUCAGAGUUAUGAACGUGCACCCCAAACUCCAACUGGUCAACCGUCUUUGGCUCGGCCGAGUUCUUCAGUGCCACCGGACAAUAUUUUUGUUCCAAUCUUGCCACCUGUUCCUCCACUCAUAGUACAAUCUCCAGCACCUGCCACAUCACCUUCAAGCAGGUCAUCACCAAACGAACAAACUCCUCAAGCACCCUCAAAUUCUCAUUCUCGUCAAGCUAAACCACCUAUUAUUAAUGUCCCUAUAGCUCCAGUAUCAAAUGUACCUGCUCCUUGGAGAAUUCCAGAAUCUCGGCCACCUUCUCAUUCGGUCACGUCAAAUGAACCACCCUCACCUCUUUCUGAAUUUUCCGGAAAUCCUCCGCCAGUCGAACCAAUCAUGAAUGAACCUCCAACCAAUCCUCCAGAACAAACCGCCUCUCCUAUUUUAGCUUCUCCACCAAGCAUCAACAAGACAACAAAACCUAUUGUUAAAGUUUCUCCACCUUUGAAUAAACCUGCCCAAGCCCCUGUAAGCUACUCCCCGACUCAAGGUCCUACUUUAAGCAACCCUUUGGAGCACUCUAACACUGUUCCCCCGCCUCGUCAAUUUUCCAAGUCGACAGAGUUUCGUUCACCUAGAAUUCAUCGUCGCCCAAAGGUUCACAAUUCUACUCGUGCUCCUGAGCCGCAUGUGAUUCCUCCCCCGUCUCCAGUUCAUUUGAAACCCGCUCCACCCAAUAGCAAACAUGCUCUGAUACAAGCUCCAGCUUCUCAGCAGACUAUAUUUCCUAUUGGCUCUCCCAGAGUAUCUCCAUCCGGGCCAUCGCCAAGAAUUCCCAAAUUGCCCCGGCUGCCACCAAUGCUACAUCUACCACCUCCACCUCCUCACAGAGGUUGUGCACCAAUGAUAUGCACCGAGCCGUACACAUAUGGCCCGCCCGAAACUCCAUGUGUCUGCUUGCUGCCAAUACAAGCCGGGCUCCGCCUGAACAUGGCACUCUACUCUUUCUUCCCUUUAGUUUCAGAGCUAGCUUCCGAAAUUGCUUCUGGAGUAUUCAUGAAGCAAAGCCAGGUUCGUAUCAUGGGAGCCAAUGAAGCCAAAGAUAAUCCCGACAAGACCAUCGUCCUCAUUGACUUGCUACCCCUUGGGCGGAAGUUUGACAACACCACAGCAUACAUCACGUUUCAAAGAUUUUGGCAGAAAAAAGUGAUUGGAAAAACUGAGCUCUUUGGCGAUUACGACGUGCUGUAUGUGCAGUAUCCAGGUCUGCCCCCUUCUCCGCCAUCACCCCUGUCGACAGGUGGCAUCAUAUCUAGCAAACCUUAUCCGGGCCGUAAUGGACCAAAGCCCGUUGAGCCCCUUGGGGUGGAUGUAAGUGGGAAGGAGCAAAAGCACGGACUUGGCGGUAUCAUAUUGGCAACGAUAGUAUUAUCUUGUUUCGUGGCUGUUAUCUUGUUGUGUGCUGUUGCCUGGGUUUUUGUCUUCAGGUACAGGCACCGUGUUUUCCAGCCGGACCCUUCUCCGCCAGCCAUGUUUUCUUCCCAAGCAAAGUCAUCAGGCCUACCCGUGUCUAUGAUCGGAAGUGCGACCAAUUCUCCUUCAUUUUCUCUAGGUUCCAGCAUGCCACCCUACACUGGCUCCGCAAAGACAUUCACUUCACACGAUAUAAAAAGAGCAACCGAUUUUUUCAAUGAAGCAAGAAUGAUCGGUGAGGGAGGGUUCGGGCGCGUCUAUAGUGGCGUGCUCGAUGACGAGACAAAAGUGGCCGUGAAAAUACUCAAAAGGUACGACCAACAAGGCGGGCGUGAAUUCCUGGCCGAGGUCGAGAUGCUCAGCCGGCUACAUCAUAGGAACUUGGUCAAGUUGAUCGGUAUUUGCGUGGAGGACCCUACUCGAUGUCUGGUUUACGAACUCGUACCCAAUGGUAGCGUGGAGUCUCAUUUGCAUGGUAUGAGGUGUGAUAAAGAGAGAUCUCCACUUGACUGGAAUGCUCGUUUGAAGAUUGCGCUUGGAGCCGCUCGAGCUUUGGCCUAUCUUCAUGAGGACUCGAGUCCUUGUGUGAUUCACAGGGACUUCAAAGCCAGUAAUAUCUUGCUGGAGGAUGAUUUUAUGCCAAAAGUAUCUGAUUUCGGCUUGGCACGCACAGCACUGGAUGAGAACAGACACAUCUCGACACGUGUCAUGGGGACUUUUGGGUACGUGGCUCCCGAGUACGCAAUGACAGGUCAUCUCCUUGUGAAAAGUGACGUCUACAGCUACGGAGUUGUCCUCCUUGAACUUCUAACCGGGCGCAAACCGGUCGACAUGUCCCAACUGCCUGGCCAAGAAAACCUCGUCUCUUGGGCUCGCCCGCUCCUCGCAAGCCCGGAAGGCCUACUGUCGAUUGCCGACCAAUCCAUACUUGGUUCUGACUCUUUUCUUCUCGACAGCAUCUCGAAAGUAGCCGCAAUUGCCUCGAUGUGCGUGCAGCCAGAGGUGUCCAACAGGCCCUUCAUGGGUGAGGUCGUUCAGGCCCUAAAGCUCGUGUUCAAUGAAUGCGACGAAAAUCGAGAAUGCCUGUCAAGAAACUCGAGCAGCGAGGAUUUGUCGUUGGGCGUGGAAGUUAGGGAAAGUACUGUUCGUUCGGGCGUGGCCUGUUUGCCAGCCCCUAUGCUUUCUCCGCCAUCGACUUACUCGGAUUACGAUUACCGGAUGGAUAUUGUCGAGAGGGAUCUUUCUAUGUCGGGCCUGUUGAGCCCGUCGGCCAGGUUUGGGCCGCAGGAUUCAGAAUCUUUCAGGAGGCAUUCAAGUUCGGGCCCUCCAAGGACAGGACAGGCAAAGCCCAUUUGGAGAAUGAUGAAACGGUUUCCUCGAGGGAGCGUGAGUGAACAUGGGGCUCGGUUUAGACUGUGGCCCGGGUCUCAUUAG